AGCUACUAUGAGAGCUUGAAAGAGAUAUAGAGAGUGUGUGUGAGUGCGAAUCGUAAGUUUUCACCGUGCAGAGAUGAAACCUACCGGAGGAGGUGAGAAACCGGCGACGGAAGGCUCGGCGUUAGUAAUCGUCGGUGUAAAUCCCGACGAAAGGAGCAGAGAGGUGCUCACAUGGUCUUUGGUGAAUGUAACUCGCCCUGGAGAUCGAAUCAUCGCUCUCCACGUCCUCGAUUACUCUCUCGAAGGCUCCACGUCGCUUAUCUCGCUGGUUAAGACCUUCGACACGAUGCUUGGUGUAUACGAAAGCUUCUGCAACUUAAAACAGGUUGAUUUGAAGUUGAAGUUCUUAAGAGGGAAGUCAGCUAGGAAAGUUCUUGUACAGGAAGUGAAAUCGUGUGGAGCUACGAGUUUGAUCGUUGGUUCUUCUAAGAGACAUCACACGAUCCGUUCAUCAGCUUCUUUAGCUAAGUACUGUGCUAGGAGUCUUGCCAAGGAUGUCUCGGUAUUUGCUGUUAAGAGUGGGAAGAUUAUGUUCCGGCGAGUACCUAGUAACAAUGUUUUGUGCUUUGCAGGUGCAGAAGGUUCACAUAUGAAGCUUCCCUCUUUAGUGUGCGCAUCGCCCAACGUUGCUAUUGAAGCGGCAAAGAUUGGUAACACAUUUAGCCCCGCAAGAACUACUAGCUCACGCUGGACAAGAACUAGCCGCACUUCCUCAUUACAGUCUCCCGAGAGUUUAGGUGUAGACAAUUCAUUGGCUUUAGUGCCGGUACCAACGAACAAGACUGAUUCAGGUUCCCCUGAGUCAGGACCAGGUUGGCAUUUUCUUCGGAGAAACUGGACCAAAGUCUCUGCUAAGAAGGCUGUACUUCAGUGGGUUUCGAAGCUCCGGGGUCGGGAUUCACCAGCUGUAGCUUAUCUGGAUAGGAAGCGGAGUGACUCUGGCUGCGAUGAAGAUUGCUCUUCUAGCAUCGAUGGCUCUGAGCUUAUGCAGUCUCCUCUUUCUCCCUGCGUUGGAUCAAACAACAUCCCGGAAGAGCUGGAAGGUCUACACGAAAAGUACUCUUCCACGUGUAGAUUAUUCACAUACAAAGAAGUUUUGUCAAUUACCUCAAACUUUGCAUCUGAUAACUUGAUUGGAGAAGGUGGUAAUAGUUAUGUUUACAGAGGAGACCUACCAGAUGGAAGGGAGCUAGCUGUCAAACUAUUAAAGCCUUGUCUUGACGUGAUGAAGGAAUUCAAACAGGAAAUCGAAGUGAUUACAAGUGUUAAUCACAAGAACAUAGUGUCUCUCUUUGGUUUCUGCUUUGAGAAUAAUAAUUUGAUGCUGGUGUAUGACUAUCUAUCAAGAGGAAGCCUCGAAGAAAACCUUCACGGUAAUAGAAAGGAUGCAGCAAGUUUUGGCUGGCUGGAGAGAUAUAGAGUGGCGGUGGGUGUUGCUGAGGCGUUAGACUAUCUACAUAAUACUCAUGACCCAGAAGUGAUUCACCGAGAUGUGAAGUCUUCUAAUGUUCUGUUAGCAGAUGAUUUUGAGCCACAGCUCUCAGAUUUUGGAUUUGCCAGCUUGGCUUCAAGUGCUUCACAGCAUGUGUCAUGUGGGGAUAUUGCCGGAACAUUUGGUUACCUAGCACCGGAGUACUUCAUGCACGGUAAAGUAACCGACAAGAUUGAUGUUUAUGCUUUUGGUGUUGUAUUACUCGAGCUUCUAUCUGGUAGAAAACCAAUCUGCGUCGACCAGACUAAAGGCCAGGAGAGCCUUGUCUUGUGGGCAAACCCAAUUCUAGAGAGUGGAAAGUUUUCUCAGUUGCUAGAUCCAAGUCUAGAAACUGAUAACAAUAACGAACUAAUCGAGAAACUGUUGUUAGCUGCCACUCUAUGCAUCAAACGGUCACCUAAUGACCGUCCACAAAUGAGCCUCGUGGUAAAGAUACUACAAGGAGACGAAGAAGCAACAGAAUGGGGAAAGCAACAAGUACGAGCAUCAGAAGAUGCAACGGCGUACUUGACGAACAUAGAGUCACAUAUAAACCUAGCGUUGCUUGAUUUGGAAGAUGAUGCAGCUUCUGAUAGUAGUCCGGAAGCUAAUAGUAUCUCCGUUGAGGAUUACUUGAAAGGUCGAUGGAGCCGCACUGCUAGCUUCAACUUCAACUAAUAUAUUAGUUAUAUAUUAGUUUUAGCUGUAAAUUGGAAUCGAGUUUCUGAUGAGGUUUUCAAGCUUUUUAGAUGUGUUCUUGUAAGGUGUAACGUUCUUUCCAAUUUGGUUGGUCUUAGCUUUAAAUUGUAAGCGGUUCGGUUUGGUCUAAGAUUCGGUUUCCAUAGAUAUUGUAAUUUCUUUUUUUUUUGCUUUUGAAACAGUAUAUAGUAAUAAUACAUUUUGUUUCCAAGUAAAUAAUAAAAUUAAAUA